AUGGCGGGCCUCAACCCUCCCUCGGGUGUCCAAUCCGUCCUCAGCACACCCUCUCGGGACAGAGACAGAGAUCGCCAUCCAUUUCCACCGACAGCACAUCCGUCCCCAGCCCCCUCAAUGCGUCAGACGACCAGCUCAUCUGCCGCUGCCUCCUUUACAAGCCUGUCCUCGUCCACCACAUCCUCUUCCUCUGCUGUCCAGGUCUCGCCAACCCCUCUAACAGUAGAGGGUCUGCUCAAGCUACACGCGACUGCAUUCGAUCCCAAGGCGGCAGCCCUUGACCAGGCGAUCUCCGAACGCAACGUUCUCUCCUCCCAAAAUACCCAGCUCUGGAAGCUCAUCGAAAAGCAGCGAGCAGGCUACAACCAGAUUCUGAAGGAGCUUGAGCGCAUCCGCGGAGAGCGCGACUCCUACAAGACCAAGUUAUCCGCCCUCAAUGCUCUUCCCAACGGCUCAUCAUCGAAGCAGCAAAAAUCUUCAACUGAGCGUACAUCCCGUCCUAGUCUUGAUACCGUCACUAGUCAAGCGAGCACCACCUCGCAGAACAGACAGACAUACACCCGCCACAAUUCUGAUGAUUCAUCAGCCACCCCGAGGACCUCCCAAUACCCUCAUCACCUUCAUCCCUCUCGUUCCUUCGACAGCCGCUCGUCUGAAAAUGGUUUUCAAUCCAACGCUGCUCAUCUCACCACACCGAUAAGAACUGCUAGUCCUCUCCCUCCCCCUCCAACUUCUGCCCCCAACCCCCCAACCCGCCAAUUCCGUCCAUCCCCGUCGCCCCUCGUUGUCCCUCCUCGCGGCGAAAAUAUCCUUCUUGCCUCAUCCACUCAUACCAAUUCUCCAGAUACCUUUGCGUUUUCCAAGCAACCGCCCACUAGCGACCCAAACACAACGCCAAACAACUCAGCCCCAAACGGAAUCUACCCCUCUUCAGUCCCCCCGUUGGCACACCCUCGCAAAGCUAGUGUUGCCGACAGUUUCACUAGCGUGGUCACCUCGGGAAGCAGUGUCGUUAGCGGGUCGUCACCAGCAACGUCGGUAUCAACUCACAGUCUCGGAGCCAAUCCUACCACCACCCCUUCUCAGCAAACCUAUCACACAGGAUAUACCCCGCAAACUGCACCUUCCGGAUUUAACGCGUCGCCUUUGCCGCAGGAUUCUCGCCAGAGAACACCAAGCUCUGCCGCGCCGCUGAACAACAGUCCACCAACAAUAGCAACACCUACCAAUUCAGCUUCGGCACCUCUAUCUCUACAACAGAUCCCACAACCCCAGCCUAACAUGCUUUCUGCAGUCGUCGAGACACGGUCGCAUGUCCUCUCUCGCGAUUCUCGCAUUUCGCUCCCGGACGAAGCUAGGCAGUACAUCGUCAAUAUGGCUGACUCGCCAGUUGCUAGUCCUCGAACCGAUCACUUCUCGCCACGAUCGAAGCUCGCCAACUCGGUCUUCCCGUCAACAGCGAACGGUUCGACCGGUGAGAAUGGGCGGGAAAGCGAGUUCUUGGAUAUGGGUGAAGAGGAUGACUCCGACGAGGAAUCUGACGCAGAAGGGGCUGGAGAUGUCACAGCAGGUGCCAGCGAUCCAACCUUUGACACCGUCCGCCCAAUUAAUACCCAUGCUGCUGCAGGGCAAACCCAUCAUGAGCCCAGCACCCAGUCCGCGUAUCAGCCUCCCCACGUAGAGCACCUGAACAAUUACUCUUCGCACUCGAAUUCAUCGCGAGAAGACCUCGACUCAAUUCAAUCGAAGCGCAAGGAGAAGUCACGUGUGGCAGCUGAAGAGUUUCCGCUACCACCACCGUCGAACCCGUACGUGCAGCGCCAGCAACUCCAACAGCAAGGUCCCGCAAGCAUGGACGGCCGGGACCAGCCCAGCGGACCACAAUCGUCGCUGUAUGCUCAACAAUCGAUGUCGGCCCCAGCGCCCUCGCCAUCAAAACAUACGCAAUCAACGGCCGAUCAAUAUCCUCACAGCUCAUUGUCGUCGAGUGGGAAUCAUCAACAACAACACCAGCAUCCCUCUUCUCAUGAUACCUAUACGAGCAUGCAGCAGCAGCAGCCGGAGAGCCCGUAUUCCGCCCCGCCCCCACCACCGUACCAGCUCCAGGCUGAUGGUAGAGGGCACCACCAGCAGCAACCGUCGCUGUCCCAUCAAGAAUUUCCAGGGCCUCACACAACGUCCGUAGUCCAAGCAGGCGCUUUCCGAGCUCUGCCGCUACUCUCGACCGACCUUCCGCACACGAACAUCAUCGUCUCGCACUCGUUCGUGCGCCCGAACGACCGUGGCAAGGAAGUGCUGUCGUUCAUCGUGUAUGUAAACCCGGGUAAUGGCAAGGACGGGUGGAAGGUGGAGAAGAUGUACUCUGACGUGCUGAGCUUGGAUCAGAGAGUACGCAGCAGUGUAGGCAAGGGCGUUGGGAAGAAGAUCGCCAACUUGCCAGAGGGAAAGCUGUGGAAGGACCACGCACCUGCUAAAGUUGAUCAACGAAAGGCGGUUCUCGAAAACUACCUCCAGACGCUGAUUCAUCUUCCCGUCAAGAACAACGACGAGGUCAUCGCCUUUUUCACGACGGACAUCGUUCGAGAGCAGAAGCAGCCCGUGAUGCAAGUCGGGCACAAGGAGGGGUACCUUACCAAACGUGGCAAGAACUUUGGCGGGUGGAAGACGCGCUUCUUCGUCCUCCAAGGUCCGGUGCUUGAAUACUACGACUGCCGCGGCGGAGCUCACCUUGGGUCGAUCUCCAUCACGGGAGCGCAAAUCGCUCGUCAGCAUCGGACCGAGAAACCACCCACCACGGACGAUGAGAAGGAGUACAGGCACGCGUUCCUCAUCGUCGAAGCGAAGAAAGGUCCUGGUGGAAACCACCCUCGGCAUGUUCUCUGCGCCGAGAGUGACGAGGACCGCGACAGCUGGGUUGAGAUGCUCGUGCGUUACUACACGGGCACCUACAGCGAGGACCUCGUCUUCAACCCGUCGUCAGGCCUGACGUCACUGCAAAGCAACUCCGUCGCGGCCACGUCCCAGCAGCCCUCCUUGGUCAGCGUGAAUAGCGUGAAUCUUGGCCAGCCGCGGUCCAGCACAAGCUCGAAUGAUAUCUCCACGCCAUUGCCUGCGCCAAUGGCGGCCCCGUCAACACCCCGGAGCAAACCGCCCACCCGCGGCUUACUGCGCGAGGAGAUCUCCAGAGGACCAGCAGUGCCCAUCUCGCAGUUGCCCCCUGACGGGAACAAUGCGAAGCUGUUCCAGACGGUGCCGACGUCAGAAGAUUACUCGCGUUCCGCGAGUCCUUCACGUUCUGUCGAACCAUCCCCCAUCGACAGGCAGGGACCGUCCGCUGCCAACUACGGAUUCGAGCCCCAAAAACGUACUAUGGAGCGAAGCGCCUUGGGAUUGCCUUCGAGCUUGCCUGAUUCGUCCUCGCCGCUGUCAGGCGCGCAGCCCUUCCAACCGGAUGCAGCCAGCUCCGUAGUGGGCGGUCAGCGGGCGAAUUCUGAGCUCGGCCACUACCCCGAUCUCCAACCUAAUCGUGGUCCGCCUGUGCAGCCACAGCGCCAGCAGUCACCUGAGCAUCACCGGAUACGCGAGCGUGAUGACGGGCGGAGGGCGUUCCAACCUUCUCUCAACACUGUCGCGUCGUCACCGACGACAGCGACGGGUGCGAGUGCUACGGGCACCCCGCCACCCGAUCGUGUGCCUUCUCCCGAGAAGCUCGACGCCAGUGGCAAGGUUAAGAUUUCGGGGCCUAUGAAUGGUGCUCCUAUCCCGAGUGGCUUCAAGUUUGGUGGAAAGGAUGCUCCUUCUGCCGAUUCGUCCUCUGCGUCAGCCAACAAUGAUAGAAGAGAGAAAGCUAAAUCACGCUCGUUCUGGGGCUUCGGGAAAGGUGACAAGGGUCAGCCCCAUGCGACGUUUACGCCGAGAGCUGUGUUCGGAGUACCCCUCGAAGAGGCGCUAGAGGUGGCUCAGGUAUGCAAUCUUCCGGCCAUUGUCUUCCGUUCGAUCCAGUACCUCCAAGCCAAGAAGGCGGAUCAAGAGGAGGGCAUAUACAGAUUGAGUGGAAGCUCAGCGGUGAUCAAGAGUCUCAAGGACAGGUUCAACAAUGAGGGUGACGUCGAUUUGCUGGCGUCAGAUGAGUAUUGGGAUCCUCAUGCUAUCGCCGGCCUUCUCAAGAGCUUCCUCCGAGAGCUGCCUUCCAGCAUUCUGACACGCGAUUUACACCUUAAGUUCCUUGCUGUAAUUGACUUUGUUGACCCUCAAGAGAGGAUCAAAGAGCUGUCUCAGCUAAUUGCCGCUCUUCCUCUGGCCAACUAUAGUCUGCUUCGCGCAUUGACUGCGCACUUGAUUCUGAUCGUGCAGAACUCGAAUGUGAACAAGAUGACUAUGCGGAACGUAGGCAUCGUGUUUAGCCCAACUCUCGGAAUACCUGCUGGCGUCUUUAGCUUGAUGCUGGGAGAGUUCAACCGUGUGUUCGAUGUAGACGCGGACACAGACGAGCCCCGGGCUAAGGAAGGCGGUGGGCUCCUAGAACACCCAUCAGAAGCCCUUCGACGCAAUAGUCGACAAUACACGGACGCGGCUGCUGAUCAAGUCCUCGGACUAUCAGGUCGCACGUUAAGCACGUCCGCGGAGGAGACGCAAUCCGAUGGCGAUGAUUUUUCCAUCCAGGACGAAAGUGGGACAGAAACCACCGAAGGCGACGCAACCGUGGAAUCAUCAUCGUCUAGUCCUGCCUCGGCGAUGAUGCAACGCGACCAUGGCAUCCAAAUUAACACACCCGACAGCACACCCAACACACCGACUGCGAAGACGACAUCGAGAGCGGCCAACGUGGCUGCAAGCAGGGGUCUGAACGUCGCAGUUACGACUUCCGAGCGCGGAAACCGACACUCACGAAUGAUGGGCUUACCCUUGUCCCCUCGGCUCCACGCACAAUCACACUCACCCUCGAGAGGCGAGCCCCCCAGCAACACGUCCCCGACCCAUGCACGCUCUGAAUGA